UUAGAAAUUCAGAGCCACUGUUGAGGAGUCAUCGAGUGGAACCCACGAUGCUCGUUAGGUUGAAACAACCAAUGCUCGGCUUCUUAAAUUUCCUGACCCAAUUGGUCUACAACGCAGCCCACCAUUCCGUUGAUGCAAUUAAUGCGAUUGCUUAUUCGAAUCCGAGACCUGAGGAGACAGUUGGGAGGAUGGUUGCUAUUUCCGGAUGAUGAAGAUGAACUGAUCGAGCCUCAUUGGACUGAGCUGCGAAAAUGGGAGAAGAGGGACGAUCCUUGGCCGUUACCCCCACAUGGGCUUUCGCAACAGUCGUCACUCUCAUGGUUUCUCUUGGAUUCUUCUUCCAAGGAUCGCUGAAACGGGUCGAAAAGUGGUUGAAUAGGACAAAGAGAAAAUCGUUACUCGCUGCUCUGGAGAAGAUUAGAGAAGAGCUGAUGCUCUUUGGACUUCUGUCAUUGUUGAUGGGUCACUGGAUUGUAUUCGUCGCCAGAAUUUGUGUUAAAUCGUCAGUCUUAAGCAGCCGAUUCUAUCCCUGUGCGUUGGAGAUGGAUCUGAAAAAAGUUAGGCACAUUUCUAUUUUAAGCGAAAAUGUGAACGGUUCUUUUCCAAAGGAGCACAACAAUGCUGGGAUACGAGAGUACUGUCCUGAGGGUCGUGAAUCGUUUGCUUCGUAUGAAAGUUUAGAGCAACUUCAUCGAUUAAUAUUCGUUCUCGGCAUCACCCAUGUUUCUUAUAACUUCAUUGCCAUAGCUUUGGCCAUGAUUAAGAUAUAUGGCUGGAGGACAUGGGAAAAUGAAGCCAAGGCUUUGGCCAUUCAGAACUCACAAGAAGAAUCUGUACGAGCACCAUCGACUGGACCGAAAAUAAGGCGACUAUCAACUUUUGUCUUUCACCAUACCUCUCAUCCAUGGAGUCAGCAUAGAGUCCUUGUUUGGCUGCUCUGUUUCAGCCGCCAGUUAUGGAGUUCUAUCAACCGAGCUGAUUACAUGGCUUUACGGUGGGGCUUCAUCAGUACUCAUCAACUCCCUGUAUCAUAUGACUUUCAUAAUUAUAUGCUUCGAAGCAUGGAGGACGAAUUUCGCGAUAUGGUUGGUAUAAGUGUGCCACUUUGGAUAUAUGCCAUUGCCUGCAUCUUCCUCAACUUCCAUGGAAGCAAUAUUUACUUUUGGCUUUCUUUCCUCCCCGCACUUGUGAUUCUGCUGAUCGGGACGAAACUGCACCGGGUAGUGGUGAAGUUGGCAGUAGAAGUUGUGGAUACAUCUCCAAGGGGAUACUAUCAUUUUAACUUGAGGGAUGAGCUGUUUUGGUUUGGGAAGCCUAAGCUCCUCUUAUGGUUGUUACAAUUUAUAUCCUUCCAGAAUGCUUUUGAGGUGGCUACAUUUAUUUGGUCCCUGUGGGAAAUUAGGGAACCCUCUUGUUUCAUGGAGAACCAAACAUACGUCGCAAUCCGCUUAACAUUCGGGGUUAUCACUCAGUUCUGGUGUAGCUUCAUUACAUUCCCACUCUAUGUUAUAGUAACUCAGAUGGGGUCGAGGUUCAAAAAAUCACUUGUGUCGGAAAAUGUUCGACACUCGCUGCAUCAAUGGAAAAGAAGAGUGAAGACAAAGCCGAGCACUUCUUCCUCGGCUAUGCUUCUAGGUGAAACCUCACUUUCAUCCUCUGUUUUGACGACGGAGAACUGCUCGGAAGGAAGCACGUCGAGCGCUGCUCAACACACGCAAUCCUCUCAGUUUCUUGAGCCUUCAUCAGAUAGCAUGAACAUUCAAAUAUCUGUUAGUUCUGGUCCUGUUCAUGUCACUUCCAACAACAAAAAAGAUGAAGGCAAUGAGGAUCAUUGAUGGAAAAGUUUUAGAUUUGAGUUCAUGAAAGCUGAAGAGAUUUAGCUCUGUUUUUCCAAGUGAUGUUUUCUAUAGUUAUCAUCAUAUAUAAACUAUAAAUCUCAAGAGAGAUUUCAUCAAUGACAUAAAUUUGUGCUACUUUUCAAAUAUUCAAA